AUGGGAAGUGUUCUCGACAAAAACUCUUCUCAAGUGAGAAAGCGCAUCGAGGCGCAUACUUUUGAAAGUGAAGGCGGAGAUGAGUAUGAGGGCAGCGAGUUUGGUGGUUUCAACGACUACUUCAGGCGCAAGAAAAUCAAACUCCAGAAUCUGGAUGCUGAGACGCGCGCAAAGUCGGACAAACCUCAGAUAUUUAAGGGAAUUGUCGCGCAUGUGACAGGGUACACUCAACCACCACUCCAUGUCCUGCAUCGCGAGAUAGUGCAGCAUGGUGGUGGUUUUCUUCAAUACCUGGACUCUAAAACAAUGGCUACACACAUCAUUGCGUCGACGCUGCCUCCGAAAAAGUCGGUUGACUUUAGCCGUUACCGGAUUGUCAAACCUGCAUGGAUCAUGGAUUCUAUUCAAGCAGGACAACUUCUUCCAUGGUCCAACUAUCGCGUCUUGGACGAGGGUCCGAGACAGAAAGUGCUCACAUUUAACGGAAGUAGCGGUUUAGCGCCAUCAACUCCUCUAGCCAAGCAAGGAUAUCGUGAACAGUCUGAGAACAGUUUCUACACUGGCCAGUUCAAGGCGCCUGCUCUACCGAGCCAAUCUCUAAGUCAGGUCAUUGAGAAGGCCCAAACACCAAUUCACGGCAUGAGUCGAGCUCCGGGCACAACACCAAUGGAAGGAGUCGAUAGUCCCUCUUUCAAGAAGCCAGAGGCACCCCCCGGGUCUCCUGUUAUGGACCAAUCAAUCACAACUCCCUGUCGUUUAGCAACAAACAAGGACGAUCAUGAUAACACUACGCCUCAAGUAGAGGUAGUAUCUGCGCCCACGCUCCUGACCAAGGCACGAGAACCCUCAAAGCCGGUGACAUCUGAAGAGCACAAUGCACAACUGUUGUCCGACCCACGAAUCAGAAAAUCGUCGACAGCCAAUCCCGACUUUCUAAAACAAUUCUAUUCUGAGAGUCGAUUGCAUCACCUCUCUACAUGGAAAGCCGAGUUGAAAUCAAGAAUGCAACGAUUGGCUGUAGAAAAGGGGCAAUCGACUCUAAAUACCAAGAAGCGCCUCAACUCGAGACGAUAUGUUAUGCAUGUCGAUUUUGACAGCUUCUUUUGCGCAGUUUCCCUAAAGAAGAAACCAGAAUUAAUCAACAAGCCGGCGGUUGUCGCGCACAGCACAGGAUCCGGGUCAGAAAUUGCAAGUUGCAACUAUCCCGCUCGAGAGUUUGGAGUGAAAAACGGCAUGUGGAUGAAGUCGGCCCUUGAGAUGUGCCCAGAUCUGAAAGUGCUUCCUUACGACUUUCCUGCUUAUGAAGAAGCCAGUCGCCUGUUCUACGAAUCAAUUCUAGACAUUGGUGGCGUGGUACAAAGCGUCAGUAUAGACGAGGCUCUCAUUGACAUAACGUCAGUUGUUAUGAAAUCCGCUGGAUCUCAAGGCAUGGGACCUGAUUCAGAAAACAUUGCGCUUGAGAGAGACAUGGCAGGCAAGAUUGCAAAAGACCUCCGCGAGCAAAUCAAAUCCCUCACAGACUGCCAUGUUUCUGUUGGAAUCGGCGCAAACAUUUUACAAGCAAAAGUCGCGUUACGAAAAGCCAAGCCCGCCGGUCAAUAUCAGCUGGAACCAGGUGAUGUGCUGGAUAUGAUAGGCGAUCUCAAGGUUGAACAGCUUCCUGGUGUUGCAAGGAGUAUUCGUGGAAAACUUGAGGACAUCGGUGUCGUACUAGUCAAAGACUUGCGAGAAGUAUCAAAAGAGCGUCUUGUUUCGAUUCUUGGACCCAAGACCGGCGAGAAGCUCCGAGAAUAUGCUCUUGGUAUUGACCGUACAGAAGUUGGUGAGCAGCCGCCACGCAAGUCCGUAUCUGCAGAAGUCAACUGGGGCAUUCGGUUCAUCAGUCAACCAGAAGCAGAGGAAUUUGUCUACAACCUCUGCAAGGAACUGGAAGAACGACUCUUGAACGAGAACGUCAGAGGAAAGCAAUUCACCAUGAAGAUUAUGAGGAGGUCGAUGGACGCACCCCUGGAUCCGCCGAAAUCUUUGGGUCACGGCAAAUGCGACACAUUCAAUAAAAGCACCACUUUCGGGGUGGCUACUAAUGACCAACAAGUCAUUGGUAAAGAAGCCGUCAAUAUUUUGCGGUCCUUCAGGUUUAGCCCAGGCGAUCUACGAGGGCUCGGAGUACAAAUGACAAAGCUCGAACCCAUCAAGACCAGAUUGGCAGCUCCUGGUGAUAGUCAGAAGAGGCUGGCAUUCAACGCCUUUACAAAACCAUCACCAGCUAAGAAAGAUUCCACUGCGGAACAGAUCGAUGAGUUCGAGAGUCCCGAGAAACAGAAAGCAAUGCCAGGCUGCGGAGUUUCCAAGGAUCCAAUCGCCGACGAUCCUUUGACACCACGAAAACAGAAAAUACAUCCUGCCAUGGCAUUGACAAAAGCUAGUCAAGAUGAUGCAAAGGCAAAGACACCUCUUAACAUAUCAGGGACUCAGUUUAUCAUUCCUAAAGACGCGGAUCCUGCCAUUCUAGCAGAGCUCCCUAGCAGCAUUCGCAGCAAGCUCAUGGCUCAGAAAUCGAGGAUAACACAGGAGGCUGAAUCUCCAAUACCCAAGUCCAGAUCGGAGAGUCCCAUGCCGUUGGAUUUGUGCCCGACUCAGGUAGACCCCGAGGUAUUCAACGCAUUGCCCGACGACAUGAAGGCUGAGAUUAUGGCUAUGUAUGGACGAAAACCCAAACAACCUACACCAGAUCAAUCUCCGCGCAAGGAUCGCACGAUACAGCCCAAAAAGCCCACCACGCCUUCGAAGCGAGGCAGACCGCGAGGCUUGUUCGGCAAAGCUCAGAGGCAGAGAGAUGCCCAGGCUGGUCUAUUGCAGACCAACUUUCGAUCUUUGAAUGAGGUCGGCGAUGCUUUUCAGGAAGAAGACGUUGUUGAAGAACUUGACUCGGAGUUUCUCGCGGAGCUUCCCGAAGACGUGCGAAAGGAGAUUAUUGAAGAUUACAAGAGGCGUAAAAAAGCCCAACAAGCAAAGUUGGAAGCUCCUUUGCGUAAACAGGACUCCACUGAUACAGACGUGGCAUUGCCAGGGGGACAACUUAGGAUUCAAUUCGCAGCAUUGCCACGCAAGAUAUCGUUUGCAAGUUCAGGGGUAACUUCGACCCAGGAAAUAAAAGACAUGCUAGAUGCUUGGCAUACAGAGACGAGGAAAAACGGCCCGCAUCGCAGGGACAUAGAAGUAUUGGAAAAGUUUCUCGAGCGCGUGGUUCAGGAAGAGCGUGAUUUGGAGAAGGCGACCAAACUGGUCAAGUGGUUGGAUGUGUUGGUUGAACAAGAUGGUAGAAAGGGGCGAGGGCAGGAGACUUGGAGACGGUCAGUGGAGGGCAUCAAGGUGAUUGUGCAACAGGCUGUGAAGCAGCGAGGCAUGGCCCCUUUGAAGUUCUGA